GAUCACGAAAAUAUUUGUAUACAUGUUCGCUGCUCUUUACAACCGUAUCUAUCAAAUGAGGGAGUAUAAAACAAGUAAGCAGUCCGUUUGGCGUUACUCUUCGCGCAAGGUCAAGACCGGCCAAGUCAUUGCACCACUCCGCGCGUACUCGCAUUGCUGCGCCCGCAGUGCUUUGUUAGAGCUUUUCACAAUACCACCAUGGGGAGAAUAACGUUAACAAUGUUAUUAUGCUUAGUGUGUCACGCAUUAGGAAGUAAUGAUGACAAAUUCAUCAAGAAAUAUGCUAUGAUGAAGAUCUACGAGAGUUGUUUCGGAGCUGAAGUCGUAAAACAAAUAAGGCGGGAAAUGAAAGAGGCAUAUGCAAAAUGCUCAUCACCGCCAUCUUUUGAGGAAACUCCGAACCAGCAAAUACCAUCCAUUUUGUUUGGCAAAUUACCGCCAGGGUUCGCAAUGGACCCGAACACGCAAACAAUCACCAAGCCGUCACCAGAUGGUGCUGGGCAAAAUCAGGAACAUGAAUUGCCGAAUCAUGAGAAAUUACACGUCCAAAAAAUUCCACUCAGCCAACUUCUACCGUUAAGAUCUCAACCGCCAUUCCAGUCCCAACCAAUACCGCCAUACAUGAUGCCAACAAACCCGCAAUUCAGACCGUUCAGUUCAGCGUCACCAUUCUAUCAGUUCCCAUACCCCAUGCCACCAUAUCAGUACCCUGGACAAUACAAUCCCUACUACCAACCAAUGCAGCAGUUUUAUCAGCAACCGACAAGCAAUUAUUACCCAUCUAACAGGAUGUCGCGAGACCUCGACCUCCGUGAUCGCCUUGACAUCAUAACAAAAGGUCCCAACGCUGGCAAAGUCAGAAAUAUUACAUGCGUCAUGCAAGAGCUGGGUUAUAUAGAUCAUAAUCUAGAGCCGAACUAUGAACAGAUAACGCAGAGAAUUGCUAAUCUGCCAGUUGCAAGUGACCUGAAAGGAGACAUUCAAGAUGGCCUCCAGUUCUGUCAAAAGUUUUCGCAAUGUGUACCGGAUAUGAAGCGUGACGUGUCUCCGCUGUCCCAAGAGCUAAUCAAGCCGAUGUUCUUCUUCAGAUGUUAUAAGCACAAGAAACUAGAAGCCUGUAUCAUGAAGGAUAUUCGCGAUCGGUUCACGAGUGAAGACGAUUUGGAAACUGAUGGUGAUUUUAGAUCCCUUGGCAGAUCGGGUCGUGCGCUCAAGGACGAACCAAUAAACGACCCCAGGUUCGAUGCCCUGGACGAAAUGGCUGUUUACUUAUAUGACUAUUUAAGUGGGGGUAAUGGACUUGACUAUGAUCUAUAUUUGUAAAAUACAUACUUACGUCAUCAUUGAAAUACUCUCGUAACAAUUAUUUGUAAAAAAAAAUAUAUUCACAUAAUUCUUAAUUCUUAUAUCAUUGAUAUAUAUUCAUACACAGGUUAAAAUUUUUAAUUAUUUUAGCAUUAGUGACUUAAAUUUAAUUCUAGUACCUAAACGUUUUAUACGCCUGACCAUUUGACAGCAAAAAUGGCGCCUAUAGCGAUUCUGAAAUAUCAUCAAUAUUACAAAUAAAGUAAACCUCGGUUAAAAGAAGCAAGAAAAUAUAUACGGUCCAUUUUAAAAUCUUACGCCAGCCAAAAACAAGGCUGAAAUGACAUCGAAAUCCUUGUGUGAGGCAGAUUGUUGACAAUUCAAAGUAGGUAAUUUAACGAUAUUUAAGGAUACUUUUGCCGUAUUUAAAUGUUUAGGCGUUUCCCUUUACAAUGGAAAACAAUAAAUUUAGAUUUUAUAUACAAAAAAGGUAUAUUAUCGACUGUCUUAUUUAAGGAUUAUGUUUAUUAUUAUAAAAACUAAAUCAGUUUCAUUACACCAAUCCAAAUGGACGUACGUGUUUCAUACGUAAACACAAUUUGAGAGAAGGAGGCAAAACAGACUGAUUUAGUUUUAAUAAAGAAGUAGUAGAUACAUAGUAGGUUCUUUAGUUAAUAAGUACGAAAAUAGUUUAAUUUCACAUGAAGGAAACAUAUCAUGUUUUUAUUACAUAAAUGGUACUUUUAAUUUACAAUUUUUAAUCCAUUUUUCUAGUAUAAUUUAAACUGAGUCUUGCCACUAAAAGCUGCUAUAUGUAAGAUUGAUUUACUUUGCCUAACAAUGCCUAUAUCAUAUUUUAUAUGUCACAACAUAGCUUUCACGACGUAGCAUAACUUAAAACCGAAUAAAUUCGUAUACAAUAAAAAGCAAUCUUAAAUUCUGAAAAGAAUCUUGUGUAUCAAAUACUUCGGAUUUGUAACAAAAGCUAAAAGUGUGUGAACCUUAGAUAUUUUCUGAGUUAUAUCUGUAUUACACAGAUGGUUGAUGUCCAAGUACACUGUCUUUAAUAUAAUAUGAAAAUGCUACGUCACAAUUUUUUCAGCUCAACUAAACUUACUAGGAAUAAGUUAGAAAUAAGUAAUACUUGCUGCUUCGAUGCUCAAAUAGACUGUAAACUUUAUGUUAAGUAAUGCCAUGGGCAUUUAACUGCAUACACUACAUUUAAGUUUAGGAUUUCGGUUUAAAUGGUAUAAUGGUUUGCUGUUGUUAUGUAUGACUCAAAAAACGUUAAUUUAUUUCUGCGAGUUUAUAUUUUUAAAAUCAUUAAGUUUUUCUUGACUAUAUAUUUAAAAAAUGAUUAUAGCUACAUACACGAAAAAAUACAAAAACACUACAACAAAAAAUGUCUUAAAAUCAGCUCAAAGUUGCUGUCACCAGCAAGACAUUAUCAGUAGACCCAUACUUUCUUGGUAUGACAGCCAUACAUAAUAUAAAAAAGAAUAUAAUUAAAAGGAAGAACAAAUGUUACAAACAAACUUAUUUGCAUAAUCUAUAUAAUUUGCAAACAUAUUUGAGCUUAAAAAAGCAAUGAUUACCUGGUUAUAUCUGUUUAAUAGCUGUAUGAACACCGCAAGAAACUAGCGUCUUUGAAUUUUUUCACAUCUUACACUUUAAGAGGUUCCAAAAAUCCUAGUGAAUUUUUUACUUAAAUAAUUUCAUCUAGUUAACGUUUUUAAUGUAUGAUUUAACAUAUAACAGCAAACCAUAUCAGUUCUUGUCAGUAUAGCUAUAAAGCAUACUUGGCAAUUACAUUAAAAUUGCAUUUAUAUUUAUGAAAUAAUACUCGUUAGUUGUAAGUUAAAUUCAAAAUAAACGUUGAACGUACCACUGUUGUUUUUGUG